GCAGGUGUGAGUGUGUUUGUGUGAUGUGGCGAGUUUAAAGACUCAGGACAUGUGGAUUGAGUUUUGAAAAAUGUUUUACUGAUUUACUGAAGACGGACAUACUUAAAGAAAUACUUGGAAAAUGGAUCUGCUUCCAGCCCAGGAAGCUGCUAAAAUCUACCACACCAACUAUGUGAGAAACUCUCGAGCCAUCGGCGUCAUGUGGGCCGUGUUCACCAUCUGCUUUGUCAUCAUCACCAUGGUGGUCUUCAUCCAGCCCUACUGGAUCGGGGACAGCGUCAACACCCCGCAGGCCGGCUACUUCGGCCUCUUCCACUACUGCAUCGGCAACGCGCUCACCUCGGAGCUCAUCUGUAAGGGCAGCGUGUUCGACUUCAGCUCCAUCCCUUCACCGGCCUUCAGGACCGCCAUGUUCUUCGUGGGGACCUCCAUGCUGCUGAUUGUGGGCACUAUGGUCUGCUUCAGCUUGUUCUUCUUCUGCAACGCCGGGAACGUCUACAAGAUCUGUGCGUGGAUGCAGCUGGCCUCUGCUGCUUUGAUGGUGAUGGGCUGCAUGAUCUACCCAGACGGCUGGGACUCUCCAGAGGUGAAAAGGAUGUGUGGUCAGAAGACGGAUAAGUACAGCCUGGGGAACUGUACGGUGCGCUGGGCCUACAUCCUGGCCAUCAUCAGCAUCCUGGACGCCCUCCUCCUGGCACUUUUGUCCUUCACCCUCGGCAACCGGCAGGACAAACUGCUGCCAGAUGACUUCGAGGUGGAAGGAGGAGCAGAAAAUCCCUGAUGAACAUGGAGCUUCAGGACCAGUGUGAUGCAGAUGCAAUGAGCAAGCAUCCUGAGAUGUUGUGAUGUAGUUUUGGUCAAACUGCUCAC